GCGGGAGCGAGCGCGAUGGGGGGCAGCUCCAACACGACCACGACCACGAGCGGCGGCGGCGGCGGCGGCAAGGACAAGGACAAGGGCAAGGACGCCCCGGCGGCCUUCACGGAGGGCGAGAGGGUGCUCGCCUACCACGGGCCCCUCCUCUACGAGGCCAAGGUUCAAAAAACUGAAAAUCGGGAGGACGAGUGGCGAUACUUCGUCCAUUAUCUUGGAUGGAAUAAGAACUGGGAUGAAUGGGUCCCAAGUGAUCGUUUAUUGAAGUACACUGAGGAGAAUAUUCGCAAACAGCAAGAACUUACGAAGAACCAAGCAGUUGACAAAACCAUCAAGACUGGGCGGGCAGCACAGAAUAACCCCAAAGGCUCUAAUGCAGAUGCAAAAACAAAUAAAGAGGACACUAAGGGUGUUGUCAAGGGGAAGAAACGGAAGAAUCAGAUUGGCAAUGAGGAAAAGGAAAGAAGGUCCUCAGAAAGUCUCCUAAUGUCACAAUUUCCUUUAACACUAAAGAAGCAACUGGUUGAUGAUUGGGAGUUUGUCACGCAGCUGGGUAAGCUUGUAAAACUACCUCGAUCUCCCACUGUCGAUGAUAUUCUAAAGAAGUAUUUGGAGCAUCGGAUAAAGAAGGAUAACAAAAUAAGUGACUCUUAUGCUGAGAUUACGAGAGGAUUACGCUGUUACUUUGACAAAGCAUUGCCUGCAAUGCUUUUAUAUAAGAAAGAACAAAAGCAGUAUAAAGAAGAAAUUAAAGGCGACGUUUCACCUUCGUCUGUAUAUGGAGCCGAGCAUCUACUGCGGUUGUUCGUGAAAUUGCCAGAGCUACUGGCUUCUGUGAAUAUGGAAGAAGACGCACUCAACAAAUUACAGCAGAAAUUGUUGGACAUUCUCAAGUUUCUGCAGAAGAACCAGGUUGCAUUCUUCCUUUCUGUGUACGAUGGUGAUUCGAAAGGUGCGGAUGCUGUAAAAGGCAAAUAGGAGGAAAUGAUAGUAUCUGUAUGUUGUAUAACCAUCUUCUGCUGGAUUUGCUUUCAUAUGUAUGUCAUGGAAGUGUGUGACUGUUGACCGCCGCACUGCUCGCUAAUUAAAUGUAGCUGACCUGCAAGCAAAAUCUUGUGCGUACUCUGUGUGUAAAUUGAUGUAGCUGUAGUGCCAAUGUUUCUUUUUUUUACAAUUUUCGCUGAAUUUACUACUCUCUCUGAUCAUAUGAAUUCUCGCUAAUAUGGAUGUAUUUAGACA